GGGAAAAAGAAGAAGAAGAAUAAACUGUCAAAAACUAAAACACUUUUUGUAGGUAAAAAAAAAUUAAAUUUAGCAAUAGAAGCCAAGUUAGUAGAAAAAAAUGCCGCUACCACUAAUUAUGCAGAACGCCGUGGAGCCAAUGCAGGUGGACGUGGAGGCGGUGGACAACGAAAAUCACGAGGAGGACACGUACGUCGUGGAGAAUCCCACAAUGGACCUAGAAGUGUACGCAAACUCCUACACAGGACUCGCUAAAUCCUACCGCCUCAUGUACAUUGCUGAUCACUGUCCCACACUACGGCUGGAGGCCCUCAAGAUGGCCAUCAGCUACGUGAUGACCACAUACAAUGUGAGUCUGUACCAGUUGCUGCACAAGAAGUUGGCCGACAUGAAUGUUGGCGCCUCGCUGCCGGAUGUAGCGCAGGGGGGUGCAGCUGCAGGUGGGGCAGGAGCAGCGGGAGCCGGGGCGGGGGCACCGAGUCAAGAUGUGCCGACAUUCGAUACAAUGUGGGCGGAGACGAAGAGCAAAAAGGCUGCGCUGAAGCUGGAAAAGUUGGACAAUGAUCUGAAGAAUUACCGAAGUAACUCCAUCAAGGAGAGCAUUAGGCGCGGGCACGAUGACCUGGGGGAUCACUACCUCAACUGCGGGGACCUCUCGAAUGCCCUCAAGUGCUACUCACGCGCACGGGAUUACUGUACGAGUGGCAAGCAUGUGGUCAAUAUGUGUCUCAAUGUGAUCAAGGUGUCCAUCUACCUGCAAAACUGGUCGCAUGUCCUCAGCUACGUCUCCAAGGCGGAGAGUACCCCGGACUUUGCCGAAGGUAACAGCAAGGAUGCCAAUCAGGCCGUCCUGACGCGUCUCAAAUGUGCCGCAGGGUUAGCAGAGUUGGCCACGAAGAAGUACAAAUCAGCCGCAAAGCACUUCAUCCACGCCAACUUUGAUCACUGCGACUUCCCCGAGAUGAUCAGCAGCAGCAAUGUCGCCAUGUACGGCGGCCUCUGUGCUCUGGCCACAUUCGAUCGGCAGGAAUUGCAGAAAAACGUCAUCUCGUCGUCAUCGUUCAAGCUCUUCCUGGAGCUUGAGCCCCAACUGCGGGAUAUCAUUUUCAAGUUCUACGAAUCCAAGUAUGCGUCGUGCCUGCGCCUCCUCGAUGAGAUUCGUGACAAUUUACUCCUGGACAUGUACAUUGCGCCCCACAUUAAUGCCCUGUACACACAGAUACGCAAUAGGGCGCUCAUUCAGUACUUCAGCCCCUACCUAUCGGCGGAUCUCCGGAAGAUGGCCACAGCCUUCAAUCGCACCGUGGCAGCGCUGGAGAAUGAGGUGAUGCAACUCAUUCUCGAUGGGCAAAUCCAGGCGCGCAUUGAUUCGCACAAUAAGAUUCUCUAUGCAAAGGAUGCGGAUCAGCGCAGCUCCACCUUCGAGAAGGCCAUCAAUGUGGGCAAGGAGUACCAGAGGAGGACGCGAAUGCUCAUCCUCCGGGCGGCCAUGCUCAAAGUUCAGAUUCACGUCAAGAAUCAACCCCGUGAUAGUGGGAAUCACACUGCGGAGAUUUGCGUGGCUUCCGGAUCUAGUAACACCACCACCAAUGCCGUAAGCGGUGGAGGACUCCGCAAUUAAGGUGUACGCGUGCGUCUCCUCUUCCUCCUGGCCAGGACAAGAAGAAGAAGAAGGAAAAACUAUCCCAGAAUCAUUUUGCUGAUGAAGCUUCUUUUGAUGAGAAACAGACACACACAACACACAAACAUUUGGAUUAAAAACGGCAGAUCUAUUUCAAUGAA